AUGAAUAUAUUAAAGUAAACACAAAAAUAAGAAACAUAAUCAUAAGAAACUAUCUGCUAAAUUCAUAAUCUAGAUUUGAUAGCAGUUGACUUAGACUUAUCAGACCAAGCACAGAUCAAAUUCUUUUGUGGUAAGUGUUUAGUUGAUAAAAUAAAUAAUAAUAAAUUGACCACUAUAGAGCAAUCUAAAGAGAGAAUCUAAUAAAUUAAAGGCUAAUAAUAAGAUAUUAAAAUUAAGGAGAAUUAAGCAAGACUGAAUUAUUAUAAGAAUAUUUUAGAUUAAAUUAUGGAUUUCAAACGAUUUGUAGACGAUACUUUGGAAAAGAUGUACAAAUAAAUAUAAUAAUACAUGUAUCCAAUUUAAAAAGAAAAAUAAGAAUUACAAGAGUAUGAAUACUAAUUAAAUUACUUUGAAGAUAUUAGAAAUUUAUCAGAAUUAUAUUCCCAAGAUGAAUAAAAAUCAUAGAAAUUAAUAUAAGAUAUUAAUUUCAUUGAUGAAAUUUAAAGAUAAUUUGAACUUUUAUUUACUAGUUCUGAAUACUUUUAGACAUUAGAUACAUUUAAAAAUACGAGAGAAACAAUUAAAGAUAUUAUGGAAAAUAAUAUUAUAGAACUAUUACCCUUAUUAAUAACCAAAAAUGAUUCUGUAUUUUUAAUUUAUUAUUAUUAGAAAACUCCAAGCUUAAGUAGAAUUUGUUUUAAUCAUAAAAAGGAGAUUAUAAUGAUUGAUAUGGAUUCAUAAAAUAAAAAUAUUGAAGAUAGAUUUGUAUGUGUUGAUUGUAUUUCUGAGAAUCCAUUAAUUAAAUAUUAAACUAUUGAAAAUGUCAAUAAAUAAUGGAAAGAAUAUAGUUCAGAAUCUGAAAAAAAAUUAUAAAAGUAUAAAAAAGAAAACAGAGUUAAAAAAUUGGAAUUGUUGAAUUAAAUAGCUUAAAUGAGAAAGAAUUACAAUAAGAAAUUGAAUGAAAUAAGUGAAAAAUUAAUUGUAGAAUAAUACUUAUGUCUUAAUAAAACUAAAGAAUCAAAUCAAAUUAAAAAAAAUUCUAUUUAAACUUUAAAUGAUUAAUAAUUGCUAAAAGAUUUAACAUAAUUAAUUGAAAAUUAAAAUGGAAAAGAAGUAGAAUCUUAAAUCUAAAUUAUGACAAAUUUAAAAAAUAAAGAUGGCAAUUUUAAAAAGGAUAUUGAAUAUCAUUUGGAAUCUCUAAAAUAGUAUGAUUAAUAGGAUAUAUAAUAAUCAUUGGAUAUUCUAAAGGAAAAUUCAAGUAUAAUUAUCUGUAAUUUUUUAGUUUAAAAAACUCUAAUCCUAAAAUUAUCUGGAUAAAUUGAAUAAUUUAAAACAUAUUAAUAAACAGAACAAAACUAAAAAGACUAAAUAAUAUUAAUAAAAGAACUAUAAGAAUUUAUUGAUUCGGCUAAUUAAUGUGAAUAUCAAUUAAAUCUAUUUCAUUAAAUUAUAUCAAUUUAUUAAUAGCAUGUUUAGAAAAUAGAAUAGAUUUAAUAAAAUAUUUCAUUAAAAUAAAAAGAUUUAGUAAAUAAUUAAGAAUAGCCUAAUUUUUAUGAUUUGAAUCUAUCCAAAAUUUUUAAUGAGUAUGUGAAUUCCUUUCAUAAUAAUAGUAAUUAAUUAAAAAAGUACUGUAAUAUUCAAUAAUUGGAGAAGGAUUUAAUAAAAUUAGCAGAAUCCAAUACUAAUUUGGAGAUAGAUAGUAUAUAAUAAAAUUAUCAAUAGAAAAUAAUUAAAUUAACUCUAUGUAACAGUAAUUCAACUAGGAACUUAUUGAUAUUAAUGGGAAGCUAAAAUAAAUGGAAAUAGAAUGUAAAAAUGCAAAAGAAUAAUUUGAGCAAGCAACUUAAGAAAUUAUCAAUCUGAAAUAUUUACAAGAAUAAGAGAAGAUAAAAAUAAUCCGCUAAUCAGAAGAAAAAUGUAUUAAAUCUCCCUAUUGAUUGAUAGAGAACUAAUUAAGAUAAGAAUUUAGCCAAAAAAUAAGUGAAAAAGAAUUAAAAUUAUAAGAAGUAACAUUGAAACUUGAAGAAAUUUAUAAAAAUAAGUUACAGGAAGAUAAAUUAAAGAAAUUUGAAUUAGAAGAAGUAUAGUUAUAAUCAUUAUUUUAUUAUUUUUAGAUUAUAUAGUAUUAAAAAUCAUUAACAUUUUCAAAAACUUUAAAACAUAAUAAUUGUUUAUUAAGUGAUGGUGGCAAAGUAAUUUCGGAAAUUAUUAAUGAUGGUAACAGUUAUUAUUGCUUUUGUAAUUAAGCUAUCCCAAAAACUAGAAAAAUACAGUUUGCAUUUUAAAUCCUAAGUGGAUCAAAAUUUAGGUUUGGAAUUGGACUUAAAGAUAUUGUCCAAAAAAAUAAUUACAUGAAUUGUUUCUAAUUUGGAUAUGGGUAUUUAUACAAAUUAUCAAAGAGCUUAUUUUAUAGAUGAAAGCGGCAAGACUUGCUCUCAUCAUAUAAAAGAUGAACAUGAUAAAAAUUUAUCAUUUAAAUUUUAACCUAAUGAUAUAAUAAUAAUUGAAGUGUGUAUUGAACAAAAAUUCAUUAAAUUUAGUAGAUUAAAUUAUCCCGAAAUAACAGUUGUAUUUAUUUAUGCUAGUUUUUAUAGUUGUAAAUAGAUACAGCAUAAGAAUUAUAUCCAUGCUUAGGUGGGAUUAAUUUCAAAAUUAAAAUUAUGGAUAAAGUACCAGUUUAAUUAUCAUGA